UCAGAGCGUACAGUAUCUCUGAUCACAGAUACUGUGUAUACUAUACAGUAUCUAUGCUCUGGCCUUUACCAGCAUACAAACCAGUUGUCGUCUUGUUGAAACAUGGAAGUUGACCAGGCUAAACCUAUGGAAGUACUACAAAGGCACCUUAAGAAUUCCGGAAUAGAUGAGAUUGAAUUGGAAAAUAAGAUAAUACCUGAUCUUUGGAAAAAGGGCUUCAAAAAAGUUGCCGAUUUUGAGUAUCUUGAAAGACAAGAUCUUGAUGGUUUAGAUGUCAAUGAUGUAUAUAAAAGAAGACUGUGGAGAUAUAUCCACGGAGAUCAACCCAAAGAGAUGUCUGAUGAAAGUAGUGAAGACUUCAAUCAAGACACUGAAAUAUAUAUAAGAUACAUCUUUUGCAAUGAUCUCUUUGCAAAAGAUAUAAAGGAAAAGAAGCUUGAUAGCAUAAAAGAAACAAAGCAAACAAAGCCUGCUAGUGCCGCAAAAGCUGAAACUAAGCUUGCUAGUACAAAAGCAGAAACAAGUGAGCUUGUCAAGAUAACACCAGCAACAAAGCUUCAUCAUAUUACAAGAAUGAUAUGCAGUGAAAACAACAUUCCUCAAGAUGAAACAAUUGAGCUUUAUUCAAGUCAUGGACACCCAUUACAAAAUAACGAAAUCACUGAACAAGGUACUCUUAAGUCUUGGGAAAUAGAUGAUGGCGACUUAUUUUAUGUAUUAAGAAGGACAAAAGAGCAACCACAAAUGGAGAAAUUUGUUUCAUUACCUGCAUUAGACCAUAAUAUUGGCCAAGAAACAUUUGUAAUUGAAACUCCUUUCCAUGGAUCUUUCUCAGUAAAUGCAUACAUGGAUUGCGAUUCACCAGAAGACAUAGCACAAAAAGUUAGCAGUGUGACUGGCUUACAAGUUCCAUUUAUGUCCCUUUAUGUGAGGCGAGGAUACAUUCAUGAGCGAUUGACAGCAUUUACAGAACUGAAAGAUAGGGAUCACAUUAGAGUUGUAUUGAGAAAUCCGUUAGAAAUAGUUCAGCCUCGUUCCUCUAGUUAUGGAAGUAAAAGUUACAAUUUUCUGGUCCCACAAACAAAGUCAGGAAUCACAAAAUUUUUUUCGAUACUUAAGUUUAUUUGUUCACCAAAGCCCUAUAACAAAGACUACGACUUUGAAAAAUUCUUGUCUUACUUAAUGAUAUUCACUGACUUCCCUCCUCUGGUCUAUGCACUACAAAAUCUGAAAGAAUUUUCAUACCUCACAAUAUCUGGCUGGACAGCCUUAAUUGAAGGUUUCUAUUUGCUAUUCAAAACAAUUCUUGACACUUUUGCUAAAGUGAGCAAAGAACGCAUCUUCGAAUAUUCAGAUUAUAUCUUCUCUAUGUUGAUGAAUCAGUCACAUAAUAUUGACGAGGCAUGCACAGUAAAUGUUGGAACACACUACUGCUCACUAGUGUGCCCAUUAUCAGGAACAAGAAUACAUCAACCAGUACGUGUAGAUGUGGAUAUGACACAAGGUCCCUUUGAUAAAGAAAACAUCCUUGCUAAAAUUGAAAGUAUAGCUAGCCAGGAAGAAAAUCAGCCAAUGAAAACAGAAGGUGAUAAUGAUGACUUAGAAAUUUUUGGUAAACUUACAAAAGAUCAGCUAAAAAAAGACGUUGAAACUGCUAAACUUCUCAUGUAUUUUCCUUGGGAAACAGAUAAAAAAGUUUGUGUGUGGACAAAUCCACCAAAGAAUGAGAUACCAAAAGUUUGCAAAAAAGUUGAUGUAUCUUUUAAGUGGCAUGAUAUGCUGAAGUCAUUAACAGAGUUACAUAUACUAAAUCCUCAAGGAUUAUACAGUGGAGAUGAAUGUUUAACUUACAAUAGUAAAGCACACCUAAUCUACUUUCUUGGUUCAACAAAAAGUACAGAUGAAAAGAGAAGAUUCUAUAAUGCAUGUGCAGAUGUGAAAAAUAACUAUGAACAAGUGAUACAGAUAACAGAACUUCAAGAAAUUGGAAAUGACACCCUAAUUGAAAUGCAAGUUACUUCUGAUAUUAAAAAAGUAAUUAAUGAUAAAAAUGAGGAAAUUCAAGAUUAUGACAAAAUGAGAAAAUAUGCUGUCAUUGCACCUCAAGAAAGCAUACAAUGGGAAACAGAAGAAGCAAUAGUGGUUUUGUUUGACCAAAGUGGUUCAAUGGGAAGUAGAGUUUUUCCAGAAAUGGGAGACAUGAUAAGACUUGAUGCUGCUAAACAAUUGUUCAACAGUUUUGCAACACGUACUCAAGCUUAUAAGCUUCAUCAUGCUCUGGGGUUAACUAUAUUUGGAUCAAGAGUCACUGUUAAAUUAGAACUCAGUAAAAAUACUGAAAAAUUUGAAGCUAUUGUCAAAGAAGUUCAAAUAGAAGGCCUAACAGAAUUGACAGCUGCUGUUGUUAAUGCUGUCGACCAGCUGAAAAAAUUCAACUGCAAAAGAAGGAGAAUAUUGUGUCUCACAGAUGGUUUUAACAGUUCAAUAGUGACAUAUGAAUAUGCACUGCAAUGUACAAAGGAUGCAGGUAUCAUUGUUGAUACAGUUUUGCUGUCUUAUCCUGAUAGCAACCCAGAGCAAAAGGCAUUCUCUCAUGCAACAGGAGGUGUUUGUGUUCUCCCUCAAACAAUGCAGGAAUCACUGAGAUAUUUUGAAUUAGAUGCAAUGCUGUCGCUAAGUGAAAGGGUUUCUAGACAAUACCCGACUAAUUUAAGUGUGCUAAAAGAUGUCACUCGCUAUCCAUAUGAGACAGAGACUAGCUUUAAAUCAACUUACAUUGAAGCAUUUCACAAUGUGAAAACACAAUCAAUGAAAAGUCACUUAGAUCAGUUAAAAGAAACACCAAGCAAUUCAAAGCAUAGAAGAAUAUUAAGAGAACUUAGAGAGUUCAUGCAUAAUCCUCAUCACAGUAUAACAGUUUAUCCAAGUCAAAUAAGCUAUGAGAAAUGGAAAGUGUUGAUGACUGCUCCUAAAGAAAGUGCUUAUUCAGGAGGAGUAUUUGCUUUGAGCGUUCAAUUUCCAAAAAAAUAUCCCUUCACUCAACCUGAAAUACGCUUUCUUACACCAAUAUAUCAUUGCAACGUUAGUGGCAGCAGUGGGAGGAUAUGUCAUGCAAUACUUGGAGAAUCAUACACACCCUCCACCAGUAUGAGAGAAAUACUGAGCUACAUUUAUGGACUGUUGAUGUGUCCUGACAUUGAUACCCCUCUGGACAGUGCACUUGCUGGAGAAUACGGAUACCAAAGUGGUAGAGAGAAAGGUCAUACUGAAUUUUUUCAAGCAGCAAGCAAAUAUUUCAAAAAAGCUGGAGAAAAUGUCAAACUGCAUGCAAGUAGAGCAUUUGAUGAUUUACACAAAGAAUUUAGUGGAUGACUUGUCUUGAACUAUAUGUACAUGUAAUACUAAAAUUAACUUUUUGCUGUAUAUGUUUAUUGUAAAAUCUUA